AACACUGGCACACCCCCACGCUGGUCUGCCAUGGAUCCCCGCCCCUCUCUCCAGGAUGUCAAAACUCUUCCGUCUUUUCUCCCCUCUCAUCUUCAGCUCUCCUCCUCCUCCUCCUCCUCUGUCGCUGACCCCAUAACUCCCCAGGAGCUGCAGCAGCCGAGGCCCCUGCUGUCAUCGUUACCUGGGCCGAGCAGUGUCGAGUCCACUUUGGUCGCCCCAUCCGCCGCCUCCAUUCCGACGGCGGUGGCAAUGUUCGAACGCACCGACUUCGAUGCUGUCGGACCGCUCUUCAAGGAAUACUUCAGCAUCACGAUCGAACAUAGUGCUGGCGCUGUUGACUACACCAGCCGUCUCCUGGACCUUGCCUCCCGCCUUGAGGCUCGCCAGACUACUCUCCCCCCCAACCUUCAGAUCUACCGUCUCCUCGAAGGCCUCUCCCCUCAAUAUGAAGUGCGCGUCAUCGCCUUCACUGAGGCUCAGCCCCGCGCCUCCCUUGACACUGUGGUCCAAUGGAUCAUUGACGCUGAGGCCCGCCUUCUCUCAACCCCCCCCUCCGGCCUGAACUCCACCGCGUCCCAAAACCCCCAGCUUGCAGUCACACAGCCGCGUCGUGGCGGGCGCCCACGUGGCGGCCGCACCAACCCUCAGGGAGGGGGUGGAGGGCGGGUGAGCGCUGCACCCAAACCAACCAUCCCCCCGCAACCUGCUUCAAGGCGUAUGAUGACGCCUGGUUCGAGCGCGGCAACACUGGCACCCCCCCACGCUGGUCUGCCAUGGAUCCCCGCCCCUCUCUCCAGGAUGUCAAAACUCUUCCGUGACAUUUACGACCCAGCUGUCCCUGACUCCCCUGCUCACUCUGCCUCAUCGCACCAGCAGCAGCAGCAGCAACAGCAGCAGCAGCAGCAGCAGCAGCAGCAGCAGCAGCAGCAGCAGCAGCAGCAGCAGCAGCAGCAGCAGCAGCAGCAGCAGCAGCAGCAGCAGCAGCAGCAGCAGCAGCAGCAGGAGCAGCAGCAGCAGCAGCAACAGCAGCAGCAGCAGGUGCAGCAGCAGCAGCGGAUGGAGCAGCAGCAGCAGCAGCAGCAGCAGCAGCAGCAGGAGGUGCAGCAGCGGAUGGAGCAGCAGCAGCAGCAGCAGCAGCAACCGCAGGCAGUGCAGCAACAGCAGCCGCAGCAGGAGCAACAAACACCUUCCCUCACGCCUCUCUACCCGGGCUUCCUUGGCCUCCUCAUCCUUGGCAUCGCUACCGCUCCCACCAGAUUCUCUCCGUCCAACUUCCUUGAGGCCAUCACCUGCCCCGAUGCUGCCAAAACGGUCACCAAAGCGGCUGCUGCGAUGAUGGAUGGAGCUUGAAGAAGAGCGGCAUCUUCAGGAGGUUUUGCUGCCUUGAAGCUUUCCGACCGUGGGGAUUUUCUUCUUCAAGAGUUGAAGAGUUGACACUAAAUUGAAGCCGAGGUUGUCGACGAGUAAAACGUUGGUUGAAGAAGUCGACGACGAUUGUAGAUGAAAGGAUUUGUUGAUGAGACCAUGUGAUGGCCACAACAACUAUCCAAGUACCAAGUAUCGGUAUCUGUACUGCAAUGACCAUGUCAAGGUCUUGUUGUUCCGCUUGAAGAUACGACGAAAUUUCAGCCUCGGAGAGGUUCGGGUUCAUGCGCAGAAAGGCGCGCGUCUGUCGCCAUUCGGGCCCAAGGCCAGCAAGAAGGACCGUGAGAUACAUCUCACGAGGGAAGUAUCCCCCACUUUUCUCCAGUUGAUCUCGUAGUGUACGGACGCGAUUGACGUAAUCCAUGACGUUCUCGUUUGUCAUCAUCUACACACUUGUCAGCUGCGAAAGUAUUUUACUCAGUGUUAUUGUAUCUUUGCCAUGUAUACCCCCUUCAGAUGGUUCCAAGUAGUUUCGGCUGGUGUAAAGCUUGAGUGAAAUGAUCGGACGCCAAGCUGCUCCUUCGGCGACAGGUUCUGAACGAGAACUGUAUAAGCCCCGAGAGAGGCGUGCAAAAAACUCUGCUGCUCCAGUUGUGUUCCCACGACAGGAAACGUGUACUCAUCGGUGAAGAACGGCCAUAAUCUAGCGAACUGCGCCAGAAGCUCAAACUCAAAGCUCCAGGAGUAAAAAUCCACCCCGUUAAAAGGGGGACGCCCGAAGAUGUAAAAGGGAUGCUGCUGCUGCUGUGACUGCGGCUGCUGUACAAAAGGUGCAGUCAAAGAAACACCUGGAGUGUUAGCAGAAUGCGGAUUCUGCUGUUGCAUACCGAUAUGAGCAUAGGCUGGUGGAAACGGCCCAGAGGCUGAGAGACUAGUGGCGGUCGUGGAGACAUGUACUCCAGUAGUUCCGGAAGUUGAUCCGGCAGACGGUGCUGGGGAUGAACCAGUCAUGGUUGACAAUAGUCUUGAUUCCAGAUAGCUCUCAUACCAUGAAAUAACUUGUCCAAUUUUCGCUCACCCGCCCUGGGACCAAAACGGCGAAGAUAGGAACAUGGGGGGAGAGUGCCAGGGCGGCCACCACGGCUACCAGAUGAGCCACUACUGCCUCCACCACCACCACUGCUGC